GACUUGAUCAGAUGCUCCAAAGAACUCCCUAAGUGCACCGCGUGCAAGCCAUGGCCUGGAAAGUGCAUAUACUCGAAGCACGGGGCAUCCGUAAAGAGCCGGGCCCCGAAAGGCGGGCAGCCUCAGCCUACAAAGGUAUCAGAACCAAUCAGAGUCGAAGAUAGACUCCAGCGUAUCGAGAGCAGUUUAGAACUUCUGACCAACUCUGUAAAUCAGCUACUCGCCAUCUCUGGCAGCCUCUCUGAUGUUCUCACCAAUAUCUCACUUCAUUACGGAACAGUCGAUGGAGCCGCUCCGGACAGUAAGUUUUACAUACCAACUAAAGAAACAGGUUAUGCCUUGAUGGGCCAGUUCUUGAAGCACUCUGAACUUGGAGAUUUCAUGUUUCUCACGCCCUCGGAUGACAUCUUGCGUCAGGUCUUGUUUGAGCCGGAGACCGUUUUCGCCAAGGCGUGGGUUGUCUUUGUUAACUACAUGCUCCUGACGCUGGCGACUGGGAGUGGACAGCAUACCGACGCCACCAAAACUUUCAAAAAGAACAUGCGUCUGGCACUGGAUGAUGCGAAAAUCUUCCUUGAACCCAGUGAGGUCAACAUACAGACCUUGAUCUUGUUGGCCCUUCAUGGAGAGGAUUUUGCAUUACCUAACAUGUCUUGGAUGCUUACAGGACAAGCUUGCCAACAAGCUCAAGUGCUCAGAUUGCACUUAGUCACCAACUCGGACACCUCAUCGCCGGAGCAGCAACGCCGGUUAUGUCUAUUCUGGGCACUGUUCAUGGCGGACAAGUCGUGCUCGUUGGCAUUUGGACGCCCAGUGUUUCUCCCUACAGAGUGGUUUCAGAAUGUGCCGCUGCCACAGUUUGGAUAUCUUCAGCAGUUUCAUACCCAUCAGUCACAGGACCAAGCAGCAACAUCGGCAUUCGGGGCGCACUUAUUCCUUCAAACUAUCCACUUCGCCAAGUUGAUAGGAUUCAUACAGGCCCCGAAGGGAGUCAAUUCAGAACGAGAGAUGCUGAAUAGUCUACUGGACAGCUGGUAUCAGCAAACGUCCGAGCUUCUUUCUGAAGCUCGGGACUCCGAGGCAGGAAGCCACAACACGGCCCAGUGUCGUGAAAUGUCCUUGGGUAUUCUUUCUAUACAAUUCCGGUACUUGACUGCUUGCAUCAUUCUUCAGGGUUCCGACUCGGGGAAUGAAGGGUUACGAACUUCCUAUGCAAGACAAGCGAUAUCCCUGCUUCUAAAUACGGUCUCCAACUGGAGCCAGGUCUACAACCCAGCAGUCUGGGAACUUCUAUACUUGCCAUUCACUCCGUUUUUCGUCCUAUUCGGGAAUAUCAUGAGAGACCCGUCAGCUUCAACAGUACCUCAAGACCUUGAGCUGCUAGCAACAACCAAAACGUAUUUCUCCCGGAUGCGUACACAACUUUGUGUCCUUGCAGGCGUUACGUCCAAGCUCGAACAAACUGCUGGAGUCUUCCUAAAUCUUGCACGAGAGCAUGCCAAAAAGCCUAGAUCUGCAUCUACGGCGAGCCAGGGGCUACAGGAUGGCAUGGCGGCCCCGCUACCCCCAACAAUCACGGACCCGGGGCAAGCGGGCUUCUCGUUUGACAACGCUGAAGACAGCCAACAGGGUCCAGUUUUGGGCGACGUAGAUGUUGAGGCAUUUUUACACUGGCUGCCGCAAAAUAUCCCCAUGCAGUCGACGGCAGAUGUUGACAUGGAAGAGGACUUUGGGGGAGCGGCUUCGAGUCAGGAGACCCGCGGCUUAAAGCGAAGCAUUGACAGCACCUUUGACUGGUUCUCCUGGGACACGUACUACGCUAGUGGGACAUUCUUGUAG